AUGCCAAUCAGUUUCCAGCCUGCCUCGAGUGCCGCCGUCAGCCUCCGAAGCGAACCAUUGUUGAGUCCGCCCUUGUCGCACCACAGCUCGGAAGAAGUCCCCUUCAAGGCGGAGGACGAUGACCCAGUUAGCUUGAGCAUGAAGAAGAAUAAAAAACGUCGACGAGGGCGGCGUCGUUUACCGCCCGACGAUGGCGCCGGCUGGAGCAAGAAUUUUGUGAUCACAAAUGGUCGGAGAACCCUCCAGGGCCGAACAUCAGACCCUGGCCUCCCUCUGCGAAGAACGCGUUCUCAGCCAGUCAUCUCUCAGCCCUUUGUUCCAGGUACCGUCGAGCUGUCCCCAAGGACGGAGAGUCGAGCACGUCGAUGGACUGUUGCUUCCAAGGCGACGCCCACCAGAGCGUUGGCCACAGUUGUCACCGUUCGAGAAGCCAAUGUUAAACGGUCGAGCAAGAAAGCGAAGUCUUCUCUUAGUCCUGCCAUGAUUACCCUGCGGCGUGCAACAGCAUCGGAGUCUCAGCACAGGAUGUCGCUUACCUCAUUCCCUCCACCAAAGUUCGGCCGUAGGAGCAGCGGCUUAUUGUCGACCAUUUUCAACACAAUCAAACCGACCCUCCAUGGACCUUCCACGACUUCGGGCGCCUCUUCGCAAACAAAAGUGCACAAGCCCGCCUCAAUCAGCGCCAAACAUAGCGAAGUCUGCCCUGGCACAAGUUCUAUUGCUCCCGCAGUCUACACAGAAGUGGUCACGUCGGGUCCACGUCUCUCAAUCUCUGGCCGCACAUACACACCACAGUCGGGUCGUCGGUGUUCGACUCGAUAUUUCUCCGACGAUGGGAUGUAUGAGAUUAUCUGGGAUCAGACAUCUUCCAGUUCCGCGUCUGAGGGCGCAGCUCCAACCCCUCCGAGCAGAGAAUGGGACUAUGGGAGUCGCGGGGCUGGGGGGACAGAAGCUCUGGAAAGGCGGCUUUCCAACAUUCUCACGCAAUCAAGACGAACCUCGGUGCAGGUAGAGACGAGCCGACGGGGAUCUUGGUGGCCGGGAAGCGAAGCCAUGUACGCACAGGGGUUUCUGCCUCUGCUUGAGAGCAGUCCGAAACUUGCCCGGCUUGCACGGGAAGCCGCAUUCCGCAAUCUCCCCCGCUCCAAAGCCUCGUACACGACGCUCAAUGCGGCGACGCUGCCAUUGGCCGUAAGCCAACAGGUGAUGGUCGAAGCAACGGAGCCAAGGAGGGAUAACGAGGGCGUGGAGUUCUUCCCUCCCUUACGCAGCCGAUCGAACACAGCCGGAAGCGCGACACUGCGCGACCCCUUCUACAAAGCACAUGACGAGACAACUGAUGAAUCACGGGAUCAACUGGGCUUGGCAUUUCCUGGCAGCCUGAGCGCAACGGGAACAUGGAACAGAAGACGAAGCAGCUACGGCGGCAUGAUUGGCGCCAGUAGGCACGUUAAGCGAAGAAGUAUAUCUGCCGGCCCGUAUCUCGUCGAGACUAGAACGAUGGAGUAUUUGGAAGAUGGUGAAGAGAGUCAACAUGGACACUUUGCACACGGCCCUGACGAUGACGCUGUGCCGCUGUUGGCUGGAACCUGA